UGUCAAGCUGCCAGCCUGACUUUGUGAUUCUUUUUUGUUUUCACAUCGAGCUCUUCUUCUUCUUCUUCUUCUUCUUCUUCUUCUUCUUCUUCUUCCCCUCCUCGUUUGUAAACCUUGUGCAAGAUGGCAUCUUCAAGCGGGGCAGGCACUUCGAGGGGGAAGGAGGAGGCAGGUUCGAACGAUAGCGGCACACGUGUGAAGGAACCGUUUCAGCCGCAGCCUGAGGCAAGGCAGUUGCAACUGCAGGCGACAAAGGUGGCAUUCAAGUGGGUGAUGCAGGGGCAGAUGGUCCCGCCAUUGUCGAAGGGGCAGUACAGAGUGAAGUGCAAUCUGUGCGGCGCAGAUUGGGUCGCGUCGUACACGCGUGUGUGGCCGCACUUCACACGGAAAACUAAUCCAUGCCUCGUGCAUUAUCCGGAGAUGCUUCACAUCCUUGCUGCAAAGGGGCAUGCAAUUGACUGCAAGAAGACGUUGUGGCUCAUCCAAUUGUAUCGGAUGGAGCACAACAUCCCCCAGGACGGUUUGGUUUCUGCAAUUCCGGAGGUGGAGGCACAAGGGGACACAGUGGAUGCGUUCAGAGUGCCACCGACAACACGGCAGAGCAGAACGGUGCCGACUGUGGAAGUUGAUGAAGAGGCAAGAGAGGGGGUUGUGGAAGAAGGUGGUGGAAUGCCGGGGACGUCUGCGCAGGGAUCCGCUGCGGGCCCAAAAUCCGGGAAGUUGACACAAUCAUCGAUCAAAAGGUGGGCAACCAACGAUUCGCAGCACAAAUUGGAUGAUGACAUGCAGCCGCUGAAAGUGAAGUGGGAUGACACAGGUUGCACUCUCCUCACUGAUGGGUGCACAGAUCGAAGGUACAGACCUGUGAUGAACUUCAUUGGGGCCGGCGAGAGCGGUGCGAUCCUAUUGAAGGUCGUGGAUAUGUCCAAGAAGAAGAAGACUACAGUCGCUCUGGUGAUAAUGUGGGAGCAGAUGAUCAGGGACAUUGGGGUGCAUCGGGUUAAUUCAAUCUGCACGGACAAUGCAGAAGUCAACAAGCAAGCUGCACGGAUCCUGCGAAGGCGUACAGAUCGUGAUAUAUCAAGCAUUCCAUGGGUCCCUUGCGCAGCUCACUGCUUGAACUUGUUGAUGAAGGAUGUCUGCGAGCUCGACURGGUGAAGCAAGUGGUGCAGCGCACGAAGAUGAUGGUCAAGUUCAUAAGGAAACACCAUAACACAAACAGCCUUUACACGAGGUGCUCAGAACUUUCGAGGGAAUUGACUUUGAUUUUGCCCACGGAGGUCCGCUUCGCGUUCGCAUACAUGAUGAUGAACCGGUUUUGGGGAAGGAGGUGUGUGCUUGAGGAGAUGAUGGAGGAGGAGUGGAGGCAGUUGAGAUGGAGCACAAGGAAAGAUCGAGACAAGUCUGACCUGACGUACCAGACUGUUACCGCAUCCGAAUGGUGGGAGAAGUUGCGCACGAUUUUGGAUGUGCUGGAGCAAAUAUACGAGCUACUAAGGAAGAUGGACCGCAACGGCACAGCCCCCCCAAGCCUUUGGCACUUUGACGAAGGGUUGGGCAAGCGUCUGAAGACACUUACGCGGUUGACCGAUGAGCAGCGGCGGGCGAUCAUGAAGGGAGUAAAGCAGCGGACGAAGAUGAUGAGGCAGCCCAUUCAUGCAGCGGACUUUCUUCUUGACCCAAGGAGGACAGACAACAAGUGGUUGAUGGACAUGCACUCCCCGCUGGUCCAAAACACCCUCAAGUUCUUCCUAUCACAGUGCAAAGAGGACGCCGCUUGGGGGGGCGACGAGCAACUAGGUCUGUGGGUGGACUUGCAAGUUUUCCACAAGGCGCCAACUGAAGAUAUGUUGGUGAAGGAUCCAGUGACAGGGAAAGUGGUGGAGGAGAGCUUGUGGACUGAGUUUGCGAUCUUCGACAGCUCCCUUGUUCAAAUGACAACCUCCGAAUGGUGGAACCACCAUGGGGCCUCUCACAAGAAGUUGCGAGACAUUGCCAUGAGAGUGACAGCGAUGUGGAGCACUGCAACCCCUUGUGAGAGGAACUGGUCCUCUCUCGAUCUUGUCCACGACAAGAGGAGGGGCCCGCUGUCGCCUGACAGCCUCGCCAAGCUAGUGUACAUCCACUGGAAUCUUCACCUGCUGGACAUCAAGAAGAAGAAGAAGAGUACAGGAAGCUUGGCAGCGUACUGGGACAUAUGGGCUGCAUUCUUCGAUGAAGUGGAGGCACCAACGCCGAAUGAUCCUGCAGUGUUGCCAAGGGCUGCAACUACAGCAGACUUGAGUGACGAGGAAGUGGCCCGCCGGGCAAAUCUAACGAAGAUCCCCAGAGCUAGAGUCAUGAAGCCUCAUGUCGUUGAUGGAUCAAGCUCAACGGACAGCAGUGAUGAUGGGGAGGACCUUAUUUGGAGAGGCAAAGGCAAGAACAAAAAGGUUGUUGUCGAUGACGGCGAAGGCAAGCCGCAGAUGGAUGGCAAAGGCAAGGCGCAGAUUGAUGUGGACGAUGAGGAAGAGGAUAUUGAGGAGAGCGAGGAAGAUCCCGGGAACUUUACUUUGCGGUCGCCAAGAGCGAGCAACAUAUCUAGCGACGACAACGAGCUGGAUGACGACCUCACACGUAACAUGGAGUGGGGUUACAUUGAUAGUGACCUGGAGUUCUUGCAGCCUCGGGGGAUGGACUUCAACGCAUGCGUCGAACUGGGCAAAGACCUCGAUGACGACGCUAGGAGGGCGAAGGCGCAGUCCCUUGCUCAUCGUGAUCACGCCCUUGUGGAGCAACGGAUUCGAGAGGAAGCAGCAAAACGAAGUGUUGUCCCCCCUCCGAUGAGGAUGAACUAUACAACGACGGGAAUGGGCGGAUGUCUACCAGCGGAGAUGGUUCAGCAGCAGCGGCAUGCAGAAGGCAUGCAACGGGAACAACAAGAGGAAGACGUUCAGCAGCACCAGCAGCGAGAGGAAGGCCUGCAGGAGCAAAGACAAGAGGAGGGCCUGCAACAGCAAGAUGAUCGGCAGCAACAGCGAGAGGAAGGACUGCAGCGGCAGCAGGUGCAGCAACAGGAUGAUCGGCAGCAAUAGCAGCAACAAGAACAACACGACGGACUAGAGCAGCAACAACAACAAG